AUGGGUAAAAAGACCAAAAUUGGAAAGGAUCGGCGUGAUAAGUUCUACAAAUUAGCUAAAGAAACAGGAUACAGAUCUCGUGCUGCUUUUAAGUUGAUUCAACUUAAUCGGCGAUUUGGAUUCUUACAGCAGUCACAAGUAUGUGUAGAUUUAUGUGCUGCCCCUGGUGGAUGGAUGCAAGUAGCUAAACAAAAUAUGCCAGUUUCAAGCAUUGUUAUUGGCGUUGAUUUGUUCCCAAUUAAAGCAGUUCCUGGAUGUAUAAGUCUUACAGAGGACAUUACAACAGAUAAGUGCAAGCAGUCACUCACAAAAGAACUCAAAACAUGGAAAGUUGAUGUAUUCCUUAAUGAUGGUGCACCAAAUGUUGGUAGAAAUUGGCUUUUUGAUGCAUAUCAGCAGAUCUGCUUGUCACUUAGUGCUGUUAAGUUAGCUACAGAAUUCCUAAGACCAAAUGGAUGGUUUAUUACGAAAGUAUUCAGAAGUAAAGAUUACAAUGCAUUCAUUUGGGUAUUAAAGCAGUUGUUUAAGAAAGUCUAUGCCACUAAACCGUCGGCAUCACGUAAAGAAUCUGCUGAAAUUUUCAUCGUAUGUCAAGGAUAUAAAGCACCAACAAAAAUUGAUCCACGUUUUAUGGAUCCAAAGUAUGUUUUUGAGGAAUUGGACAUUUCACCAGCAAAACCUGUUGAUUUAUUAAAGGAACCAAAAGGAGAUAAGAAAGCAAAAGCUAUUGGAUAUGAAUCAAUUGAUUUGAGAAAGAUUGUUAAAGCUUCAGAUUUCCUUCAAGCUGAAAGUGCAUUGGAAGUGCUACAAAUAGCUACAGAAAUAAAUGUUGAUGAUCCAAAAAUAGAAAAUCAUAAAGCAACAACAACAGAGAUUAAGGAAUGCUUUAAGGACAUUAAAGUAUUAAAUCGCAAGGAUUUAAAGGACAUUAUUAAAUGGUGGAAGCUACUUAAAGCUGAAUUCUAUCCAGUUGAAGCAAGCGAAUCAAAAACAGAGAAUGAACAACCAAAAGAAAUCACAGAGGAUGAUAAAGAGGAUAUGGAACUUGCUGAAAUGGAUAAGCAUAUUGAGGAAUUACAACUUGAGGAAACACGCGAGGAGAAACGCAAAAAGAAAAAGGCAAAUAAGGAACGAGCAAAAUUAGAUCAAAAACUUGCCCUUAAAAUGAUCAUAAAAGGUGAUUCCGGUCCACAAGAAGAAGGCGAUGGGGAAGUUUUUGAUUUAAAUGAAAUUAAGAAUAAGAAAGUUCUCGAAACAUUUAUGGACGGUGUUGAUUUGACUAAGAAACGUGAUCGAAAAAAGAAAGCUCAAUCAAAAAUGGUUGCAUAUGAUGAAAAUGAAUUGUUAGACGAUGAAGCACAUAUUCCGACAAUAACAAGCGAUAAUGAGGAUUCUGAUGAAAUUGAGGAAGAAUUAGGAUUAGAGGACCUAGAAGGAAGUGAGAAUGAAGGGGAUGACAACUGGGAUUAUCAUCCAAAGGCAAAAAACGGAGUCCAAGGAAGCGAAAGUCGGGGUACCGUUUCCGGAAAAAAUAAGAAAAAUCCCCUCUUAACGGAUUUGGACUAUCGUGAUAAGGAUGCAAAGAAAGCAGCAAAGGCAAAUCUCUGGUUUGAAAAGGAUAUCUUUAAAAAUAUGAAAAAUACUGAAGAUCAAGAUGAGGACAUAGAUUUCAAUUCAUUGGUAAAGGAUUUAAAGAAAAAGGGCGUAAAAGUUAUUGGUGAAGAUGAAAAUAAAAAACCAGAUUUAACUCUGAUGGGCAAAAAGGCACGUCGACGUGCACGACACGAGUUAGAUGGUGAAAAAAAGAAAGCAGAAUCAUCAGACGAUUCAGACUCUGAAGUUGAAGAGAAUUUAAAUAUGCCAGAAUCAGACGAUGAGAGUCACGAAAAGGAACCCAAACAAAAGAAAAUCAAAUUGACUGAAGAAGAAUUGGCUUUGGGACAAUUGAUGGUAACAAGCCAGAAAAUGAAACGUGAUGUUGUUGACGGCGCAUGGAAUCGUUACAUGUUUAAUGAUGACAAUCUCCCUGAUUGGUUUGUUGAGGAUGAAAAGAAGUCUAUGAGAAAGCCAAUGCCAGUUUCAGAGGAAUUAGUUGCAAAUUAUCGUAAGAACUUGACAGAAUUUAAUACAAGAUCAAUAAAGAAAGUAAUGGAAGCAAAGGCACGUAAGAAGCGACAAGCUAAGAAGCAAAUGAGUAAACUUACAAAGAAAGCUGAGAAUAUUUUGGAAAAUGCUGAUCAAACAGGUCAAGAAAAGAUUAAAUUAAUAAAGAAAUUGUACAAGAAAACUGAGAAAAAGAAGGAAGAAAUAUCAUACGUUGUUGCUAAAAAGGCAAGCUCUGGUGGAAAGAAAGUACGAAGACCAGCUGGUGUCAAAGGACGAUUUAAAGUUGUUGAUCCACGUUUAAAGAAAGAUAUGCGUGGUGAAAAGAAAAAGGAGAGAAUGAUGGGUAAGAAAAAAGGUGGUAAAGGCAAAAAAGGAGGUGGAGGUGGACAACAGAAAGGAGGCAAGCGAAUGGCUAGAAAGUUUUACACAUCUUAA